GUUACUGAGACUGCAACCAACUCUUCUCCUAAGUUUGAUUUUCGUUUAAAAGUUAAAAUUAUAUCUUGUCGUACAAUGAGUAAGCUGUACAUUGGAAAUCUACCACCAGACGUCAGUGAAUCCACGCUGAGGAAGCUUUUCGUCGAAAACAAUCUUCCUUGCAGAGCGAUCAUGAUAAAACGAGGAGGUUAUGCCUUUGUGGACUGCAUGGACCAAUCGACUGCGGACAAAGCUAUCGACAAAUUCAACGGAUGUAACUUCUUCGGGACGCCUCUCCAAGUGGAACCGUCAGUCGUCGGUGCUGCUACUCCUGGAAAGAAACCUGGAAACACCAAUGAUUUUGUAGAAAUAACAAUUGAAGAUGAAGAUAAAUGACUUUGGGGUUAGAAAGUCUGUUGUAAGUAAGUCGAAUGAAGAGUGCCAGUUAUUUAGAAUUAAUAAUGUACUUUGAUAAUAGUUAUUUUAUAUGGUUUAUAGUUGUGCCUGUUAAAUUUUCGCCAUUUGUAAUAUGGAUGUGUUAGCUUGUAUUUUCGAUAUUGAAUUUUCAGUUACCGGUAACUGAAACAUCUUCUAAAUUUGAGUGAGACAAUGUAGAUAUUUCUGCAACAAAGUUCGGCGCCACCGAGAUGUUUGUCUGGGUGUAUAGCCCUAAUGACCCCCUGGUGCUACAAUUACGUGAAUGUCCGUUCAAUUACCCAACGUAUGGGAGAAGACAUAAGACUCAAUUGGUGAUAAACUUUCCAGUUGUGCCUGAUUGCACUUAAAAGAAAACUUAA